UGGGUCUUUACCGCCUGGCUUAAGUUUAAAUAUUAUUACAUAUCGAUAGUUAGACACGUGCUUCAAAAACCUGGCUUGCAAUCGAUUAAAGAGAUACCAUGGUCUGACUUGAACACAAGAGCCGUGGAAGAUAUCGUCUAUUGAAAGGUUUUAUCCAAGUAGGUCAUUCCAGUUGUUAACGACGUAAAUCCAGAGCUCGCGCCGUUAAAGCCCGUUCUCGGUUCAUGACCCGGGACACGCGGACAAUUGUCAGCCUCGCAUUACAGGGCUGAGAGUUCUUGCUGAGGAGAACGGAGCUAUGAUGCACAUCUGAAGACAUCUCGAUCACAUGGGUAGUGUAUCUCACUGUUUAAUGUCACAUUUGUUUUUCCCCUUGUUUAUUUUGUUUAGCAUCUUUCUUUGGUUGCCUGCUUGUAUGCUUUCUGGAAGAUCACCUCGCUAUAGCAAAGUGUCUGUAUAUAGAGAAGAGGGUGGCGGUAAUAUAGCUUUUUAGACACUGAGGUGGUCUGCUAUCAUUUUGAGGUGAGAUUUUUCUGGGAGUGAGUGAAGAAAAAUGUGGCAUUGUGGCCAAACAGGACAAUGGUUUACUUGAUAACUUGCUUGUGUCUCAUUAGCCUGGUCAAAAUAUGAUAAGCAGGGAUGGGUCGGUGCUCUUGAUCAAUGCUGAAGUUCAUAAACGAUCAAACAGCCAGAUGGAUUGGUCGACCCAUUCUUCUAAGUGAGCUCUGAUCCCAUUCACUGCUCUCGCGUCACUUCCAGGGCGAUGACGUUUGCUGGCACCAUUUGAAAAAAAUGCUAGUGUUGAAUAUGCAAGAGUGCUAUAUCAGCAUGCUUGUAGUGCACAGUACCUACACUGACCGUGACACAACAUGUAAUGGAGAAACACGACACUCUGUAAGAGCAUGGGUACAGUAGGUGUUUUUGAUUGGAAUUAUGCUUUCUUUUAUGGAGAAAGGUUUUUGCAUUUAUUGUUACCAGAAGUUAAGCCAAUUGUUGAGUGUUAGAAACACUAGCCAUUAGGUUUCAGAGUCCUACUAGAUGCCAUGCUUCUCAGUUCAGUUGGUCUUGGACCUCUGCCUAUGUGAAAACAGCAGGAGACAUGUUGACUUUCAGUGACUUGGCAUGAUGGAAACAGUAGAGGUUCUGUCCCCUGUCCAGACCCCUUGUUUAUUUCCACAGUCCCAUUUCAACAGUGUGGGUUCUGCAUGAAUACAUGUGGAGCCCAGAUGCAAUAGGGUAGGAUCUGUUAUCUGUAGGAUCUGUUAUUGCUGAUGUCGUCACGACCUUGCUCUUAGGCCGUGGCAAAGAACGGGAGACACAGGUUUUUUGACGGGAGCAAGAACAUUUAUUACCGGCACACCACCAGUCCAAACGUGAGACAGAGUACUGAGGAAUAUGGUAAAUUAAAACUCAUUUAUUCCAGAAAUGUUUGUCCAAAAUACCCAGCCCAGAUGGUAAUUAUUUCCAGUUGUAGGCUAAUGAAUGGAAAAUGGUGCCCUGCCUCAAGCCAGAAAGCUAAGAAAGAACGAAACAACAUAAUGCAUCAAAUGGCAGAUCCCAGCUUGCUUUUGCCUGCUUCUCUGUAUGGAAAUUGGAAUAUCUAGGUCAAGCAAGGUGAUGUUUUAACAUCUUUCUCUUCUGAGUUAACAUGGUGUGGGCCAGUUUGUUCGUGCGCUAUGUAAUCAGCUUGUCGUGAAACACCAUCCUGUGUAUGUGAGAGAGAGAGAUGGCUCUUUUACUCCUGGUGCAGCGUCCCUGCAUAUCAUCUUACUGUUAACGAUCAUUAGCCAGCAUUUGAGUAAUGAAGAUACUACUCAAACCUUCUUUCAGUAGUUAUAUGGUGUGUAACACCACCACGUGUUAAUUGUGGUUUGCUUUUACAGGCUCCUAUCCGAAGCUGACCCAAUGGUUUAAUCACCAGGACUAAAAAUGAGCAUAAGCAGUGAUGAAGUCAAUUUCCUGGUUUACAGAUACCUGCAAGAGUCCGGCUUCUCCCACUCAGCAUUCACCUUUGGCAUAGAGAGCCACAUCAGCCAGUCCAACAUCAAUGGAGCCCUUGUGCCCCCUGCUGCCCUCAUUUCCAUCAUCCAGAAGGGCCUGCAGUAUGUGGAGGCUGAAGUCAGCAUCAAUGAGGAUGGGACUUUAUUUGACGGGCGGCCCAUAGAGUCGCUAUCUCUGAUCGAUGCUGUAAUGCCAGAUGUAGUCCAAACCAGGCAGCAGGCCUACAGGGAGAAGCUGGCCCACCAGCACCAGCACCAGCAGCAGCAGCAGCAGCAGGCGGCAGGCAGCGGCACAGGGCCCCAGGGAUUCACCAAGAAUGGAGAGGGCGCUGCCAACGGGGAGGAAAACGGAUCCCACAUCUUAGCCAAUCACCAGUUUGAGAUGAUGGACAUGGACAUGGACGUGGAGAUCCCCCAGAGUAAAGCCAUGGUGCUGAGAGGACACGAAUCCGAAGUUUUUAUCUGUGCCUGGAACCCAGUGAACGACCUCCUUGCCUCUGGGUCCGGGGACUCGACGGCACGAAUCUGGAACCUGAGUGAAAACGGUACAGGCGCGUCCACUCAGCUAGUUCUGAGGCACUGCAUACGGGAAGGGGGUCAGGACGUACCCAGCAACAAAGACGUCACCUCACUAGACUGGAAUAGCGAAGGAACGUUGCUAGCAACAGGCUCAUAUGAUGGCUUUGCUAGAAUAUGGACAAAAGACGGUAACCUGGCCAGUACUUUGGGUCAGCACAAAGGUCCUAUAUUUGCACUCAAGUGGAAUAAGAAAGGAAAUUUCAUCCUCAGUGCUGGUGUAGACAAGACUACAAUUAUUUGGGAUGCCCAAACAGGAGAAGCAAAACAACAAUUUCCUUUCCACUCAGCACCUGCUCUGGACGUGGACUGGCAGAGCAACAACACGUUUGCCUCCUGCAGCACAGACAUGUGUAUCCAUGUGUGUAAGCUGGGUCAGGACAGACCUGUCAAGACCUUCCAGGGACACACGAAUGAGGUGAACGCCAUCAAGUGGGAUCCGACUGGCAGCUUGCUGGCUUCCUGCUCGGAUGACAUGACACUGAAGAUAUGGAGUAUGAAGCAGGACUUGUGUGUCCAUGACCUCCAGGCCCACAGUAAAGAAAUCUACACCAUCAAGUGGAGCCCCACAGGCCCUGGGACCGAUAGUCCCAGCGCCAACCUUAUGCUGGCCAGUGCAUCAUUUGACUCCACUGUGCGUCUGUGGGAUGUGGAGCGGGGUGUGUGUAUCCACACACUGACCCACCACCAGGAGCCCGUCUACAGCGUGGCCUUCAGUCCCGAUGGCCGGCACCUCGCCAGUGGCUCCUUUGACAAGUGUGUCCACGUCUGGAACACUCAGACGGGUGCUUUGGUUCAUAGCUACCGGGGGACAGGAGGAAUCUUCGAAGUGUGCUGGAACGCCACAGGGGACAAAGUAGGAGCCAGCGCGUCGGAUGGAUCGGUUUGCGUAUUAGACCUGAGGAAAUGACACUCGUGGGGGGGGAGCAAUGGACCGACUACGAAUGUGUACAUUGCCAAAAGGACCACACCGGCGCCACUUACAGUUGUUAUGCACAUGCAUCAGGUGUGUAUGGACACCUGUGCUGCUCUCACAGACCUGCAGGAGCAAACAUGUCUCUGUUAUUACACCGGACAAACUUGUCGGACGCAUCACGUGCAAACCAAAACCUUAGGAUUCUUCUUGCUUUCCUUUUUUUUAUCCUUUGUACCAGAAUUCUGAAGAUGUGUUGUUCUCUGUUGGCGUGUGCAUAUUGCAUAUGUCAGCAUUUGAUGUCCUGUGGACAUUGUUGUUUUGGAUUUGACUGAUAUCUGCAGCUUUUAUAUUACUGUACAUGUGGGAGAGGAGUCGGGGGGGUUAAGAAUGAUUUGUCUUUUACAAAGCUGUUCUUUGGGAGAUCGAUUCAUCCACUUUUCUGCAGUCUCUAUGGUUCAAAAAUGCAGAUGUAUAGCUUAGAAGAUGAAAAUGGUUCAUAAUUGUCUAAUAGGUUUGUGUCAUAAUUGAAAUUUUUUAACCAAGUAUAAAUAGUUAAUCAAAGGCUGAUCUGUCCUUUGUUUUCACAACUAUCCUCAAAUGUUUUUCAGGUGUUCACAAUUCAUCAGGUUAAUAUAGAGCUCUAAAGAAUUGAAAGCCUCGGCUGAAAGAUAAUCUUUGUAACCGUUAAACAUCAUGUCGACCUCGUGUUCUCCCAGUCUGCUGGGCAGAAAGACGCCAACUCUGAUGUGCAGUCGGCUCCAGGUUUCCGUCCUGGAUCUGUCUCCAGCUUGCGAAUAGUUGUCUCGUGUGUUUUUGUGUCCGUAGUUUCUGCCUUUGCUCUAUCUUCUGGGAUCUGUGGAGGGAGUGAGAUGUACAGGAAAACAGGCCCACAACCGCUCACAUCCAUCUGACAUGAACAAUUAAGUCAUAAUUGUGCUUGUUUUCUCAGUGAAUGGCCUGUUGCUAACCAAUGCUGAAAGAUAAUCAGAUUAGGUUGUGCUAAUUGUGUCCUGUUUCCCCUGCGUGGUCAUCGAACAUCAGGACAUCGUCUGGAGUAUCACUUCCUGGCUGGAGAUUAUAUCGCAGUUUGACGGCUUAAAAACAGACCGAGUUUUUUUUUUUUUAAGGAUCACUUUUUUGGACCGAUGAGUUCGCAAAGGGAGCGCGGGAGGAAAGGGUCACAUUGGAACCCGGGCUGUGUGCCGUGGACUCAGCCUUGUUACACGGGACUUACUGUCUGGAACGUUUGCAGCUUUCAUGUCCAGCGGGUACACACUCCUGCUUCAGUUUGUUGUUGUCCAGCAUUUACACACACACACACUCUGAUGACAGGCUGCGUUUAGGCCUGUGCACGAAUCGACUCCGCUUAUCUUCGCAGCGGUCAAAGUUGGUGUCUUGAGGCAAAUUUGUGCUCGUUAAAUAUCAGAAUAUGACUUGAUGUAACAUGGUACCUGCAUAUAAUAUAUCUGUCAUGUCAGAGGGGACACUUUUGUAUGCCACUGAUAUGCUAAUAGUGGCUUUUAAAGUUACUGAAUUGCAGUUGGUGAUGUUAUUGUGCAUCACCAGGGGGCGGUGUCCAUGAGGAAUGUUUUUUUAAAUAUAAAAUAUUGUUAAACAGUCAUAGAGAAAGGGUAGAGGCUAGAGAAAGCCCUUUUGAAGGGUGUUUUCUUCCCCUGCACUUUGAUGUUAGAAACAGGCAGGUGCAUUUGUUUAUUCAAGCCAUCUUAGACGCAGCCAAUUAAAAUGCUCUGAAGAUGAGUCAGAAAUAGUGCAGUGUGUAGAUAAGGGUGAGAAGUGUCCCGUCUGCCUCCUCGGGGUACCUGAGAGCUGACCCGCGCCAACGUUAUGGCAUUCCAGUUCUCUGCUCCCAGCCAUAGAAACUAUCAGCUUUAUACUCUCACUCACACAUACACACACACACACACACACACGUGUCGGCGGUUACUUGUUUUGUUGAAGCUAAAGACUAUUUUGAAGUUUGCUCAAUACAGUCAGCAGUUAAUUGGAGCGUACCACAAAGACGCGGUUUGACAUGUCUAUGACAAUGGAAUGGUAUUUCAUGAUGUUUUGUGUUUAGAUGAUCAGCUUUCACACUGCAUUCAAGUGUGUUUGCUAUUUUGUGUCCCUCCCGAAAGUACUAACGGUAAUUCUAUCUUUGCUACGUCAGCGAGCCUUUGAAGGUUUUGUACUUGUCAAAACUUUUGUAAUGAUUUAUUUGUAUCUACGUACACGAAAUGAAAAAAAUAAAAUAAAAUCUGGAUUUAAUUGUCAUUGUAUUAUCACACAGAAACUGUAAAUACCAGUUGGCAGAUAUGUUUUUGUCGUGGUGUCUGCCUCGCCUGUGCUCACGUUCUCACGUGGUGGCCGUCUGCAGCCUCCUGACCCGACUGUUGUAUUAUCACUCAGAUUUCAGAAGGUCUAGAAUAAAAUCUAUUUUGAUAAUA